GCUGGAGGGGCGACAGGGCUGGAGACUCCUACUACAGGAACACCCUCAGGACCUCCCAGAGUGAGGCUGGUGGCCCUGGAGGGGCUGUGUGCGUCCUGGCACCACUGCCACUACCCCUAACCUGUCUACGGUGGCACCAUUGGUUAGGCUUUGGAGACAAGUCAGUCAACAUUCAAACCCGUUAGCAGAGUUGGAAAUAUAGUACAGGUCUGACUAUUAUUGUACUGUUGACUGAAAUGGAAAAACCUGAAAAUGUGUAGAGGAGACAAACUAGUGACCAAAGUGUGAGUGAUGUACGAGUGGUAAUUGUCGGAAGAAAUUGCAGUGAAGCUUUCCAAACAAGUCAUUGCAGCCAUUUGAGAAGCUGUGAGGUGUUCAAGAUGACUACUGAGGACAAAUUUAAGGCAGCUGUCAAUAUCAUCAGAAGUUUGCCAAAAGAUGGUCCCUAUCAACCUUCUCAUGAUAUGAUGCUCAAAUUUUACGGACUGUACAAGCAAGCAGUUGAAGGGCCAUGCACAGAGCCCAAACCAGCCUUCUAUGAGAUGGUGAAGGGUUAUAAAUGGCGGGCUUGGAAUAACUUAGGAGAUAUGUCAAAAUCUGAUGCAAUGAAUUGUUAUGUAGAUGAACUGAAGAAGAUUAUAGAAACCAUGGCAUACACAGAAAAUGUGGCAAAUUUCAUAGAUGCUCUUGGACCUUUUUAUGAAUUUAUUGAUAUUCCUGGCAUGAAGCUGAAAAAUAACAUCAAAGGUGUACCCGAAGAUGAGGAACCCAACAGUAAUUAUGGAGAUGGAGAGGACGGCGUGAAGAGUACGCUCAACGGCCACCUUCCGCUGCAUAAAAGGAAUGGGACUCAAGAAUGCGAUAGUGACUCUGAAUCUGAUCUAACACAUUUGUCAAGUCAGAAUUCCUCUCCGCACGUGAUGUCUGUGGCGAGCAACGGACCUGUUGAUGCUUCACUGGCACGGGAGUUGAAGGAGGCAGGUGAGGAGGAGGAGGAGGAGGAGGAGGAGGCUAGUGAUCAAGAGGAGGUUAGUGAUCAAGAGGAGGAGGAGGAGGAUGAUAUUUUGGUAGUGAAAGUCCAGCAGCAAGAGAACGUAACCACCCACACAGUCUCUCUCUCGCCAAAAGCCUAUAGUGACUCUGAAUCUGAUGAGGAAUAUUCAGAGCCUGCAGAGACACCAGACCACCUGGCUCAAGUGGACACAGGGCUAGCUGAGCAGACCUGGUCUUCGACUCAGAUUCACCAUCUCUCUAACACCCAGCUCAGCACUGAACCCUCUACCACAGACAGAGCAGCCUUGCCUCCGCCUGCAGUGCUUCCUGGAGUGACCUUGGCAAAUGCUCUCACGUGUGGAGGAGGUGAUCAGAGCCACCCCGGUGGGCUUCAGAUGACACCAAGACAGAUCCAGCAAGGUUCAAGGAGUGCUGGUGGUUCUCGACAAGUAUCAAGAACAUCAACGGGUAGUCUUUCUACUCCUCUCCAUCCUGGGAGUUUCUUCCAAAGUGGCGGAGGGAGUGGAGGCUCAGGUGGUGGCGGUGGCGGCUGGGGUGGAGCAAAUUUGACAGAAGAUGUAAAUGCUCAGUUGGUGGUUGUUUUGAGACGCUUGCAGACAGACAUGGAGAGUGUUCUUCACCGCUUAAACACUUUAGAAACCCUCACAGUCACUCAGCACCACACAGUGUGCCGUCAAUGUCAGGGUGGUAGUGGCAGCAUCCCAAUCAAUAGUGGACGUACUGAACCAUCUUGGUGGCCAUUCCCAGAACUAUCUCCUCGCUCAACUUUCUUUCUCCUGGUCUGGCCACUUAUUCUUCAUGGUGGUCUCAAACUGCUGCUACUUCUUCGGUCUCGAAGACGACGCUCGUAGAAAAGUCUGGGUUAAUUGUAGCUGCUGAGGGUCAUGUAUCUAGACAACUUUGCCAGGGAAAGGUUACACUGACCUUUAAGGUUUGGCAGAUGUAGGUAGGAGCUGUUUGAAAGUCUACCUUGAUUUAUUAAACUGGACGCUUCCUGAAGUGAUAUACUGAGAGAUACAUACAUGUCGUGACAACUGGCCAACAUAUUUCAUUACUAUAAGGCAAAAACCUUUAGAGUACAGCCAUCUGAAACCUCAAUUAUCCAUUUGCUAAAGCAUGUCAAUUCUAUCACAUAAUGAGCCUCAAAUAUGAACUUUAUACCAGUACCUGUACACUGUUAUUGAUAGUGUAUUUAUGUAAAAUUCCAUUGAUUGACAUUGUCAUUUCAAGGGACAAACUGAUAUCCUAAAGCAGAAAGCGUGUUGCUGUUGACUUACAGUUGUGGCUGCAGCUGCAAAAGCUAGGGGUCAAGUGUAGUUUAUGCCUUGUGGAAUUCCAUCAACUAAUAUCAUAGAUAUAUUGAAUAGAGUAACAUUAGUUUUCCAUAUUUUUUUACAAAAGUUAGCAAAACACUAGCUUUUAGAAAGUGUGGUACUCAAUACUGUGUUGAGAAUUAUUGUGAUGUAAAGCACAGCUAGAUGUACAGAUUCUGUAUUUAGAAUUUCCAGGCUAUUAGAAAUCAAAGCCUUUGUUUGGAAGGAAUACGGAUUUUGUUAAUUUUUAGUUCCCAUAAUUUCUUCUGCAUGGAUGUAAGAAUGAUAGUCACAAUAUUUCUAAUGCAAACAGUUCUACUGCUUAUCUUGAGGUUAUCUUGAGAUGAUUUCGGGGCUUUAGUGUCCCCGCGGCCCGGUCCUUGACCAGGCCUCCACCCCCAGGAAGCAGCCUGUGACAG